UGGGGGUUAGAGUGUUUAUGUGACACACAGAGUGAGAGAGAAACAGACGGAGAGAAGGAGAGGGAGAGGAGCCUGUGUGUUCGUUUCACCUCCUAAUCAGUUUUCCUGAGGGAUCUAUCAUCGACUGCAGCAGCGGAGGCAAGUAGAAAAGCGGAAAAAGAAGAUAGUAUAAUUCAGUCCGGCUAUAAUCAUCUCCCAUCACAAAUUUGUGCCACAUACAAAUGACAGAAAUGGACGCCCCUCUCUCCACCCCCUGCAAUAUCCAGAUUUGUGAGGUGACCUGUGACUCCUUCCGCAUCAUUUGGGAUAUGACCCCCGAGGACACUGCCAGAGCCACACACUUCUUCAUUGACCUGAGCCGCAAAGAGAGCAGGGACCCCAACCGCUUUAAACACAGGGAUGUGCCAACCAAGUUGGUGGCGAAGGCUGUGCCUCUUCCCAUGGCAGUGAGGGGACACUGGUUCCUCAGCCCGCGGACAGAGUACUGUGUUGCUGUCCAAACUGCUGUCCGACAACCAGACGGUGACUACCUGGUGUCAGAGUGGAGCCAGGUGGUGGAGUUCUGCACUGGAGACUAUGCCAUGGAACACCUACAGCAGCUUCUUGACAAGGCCAAAGGCUCUGCAGGGAGGCUGCUGAAAUUCUCUGUGUUUUAUCGCAACCAGCAACCAGACUACUUUGACUACGCCAGAAGGGAAUGUGGAGGCCUGAUGCGUCCAGCGCUAAAAGACAGCAGUGGGAGUCAUGGUUCUCCUAUCAACAGCAAACUGCAAGGAGUCUUCUUCAGCUGCAACACAGAGUUUGAUACAGGCCUCCCUCCCAAAGACUCCCCGUAUGGCCCCCUGCGUUUCCAGAUCCCAGCUGGACACCUGCUGAACCCCAACAUCAGCCUGUACUUUGCAGACUUCUACUGUAUGUACACAGCCUACCACUACGUGGUGUUGGUGCUGGCCCCUGUUGACUCAGAGGGAGACACCUUCUGUCGCUCCCGCCUCCCUAUUCUGGACUUGGCCUCCAACCCCUUCCUGACAUACACUGCCCCCCAGAGGCCAGGAGAGGAGCCUCUGUACUGUCAUGCCAGUGACGUCAUCCUUGAGGUGCUUUUCACAGAGCCGGUUCAUUUGGAUCAGGGCAGUGUGGAGCAGAUCAGCGGGCACCACCAGCUUAAGAGCCUGACCACAGCCAACGCCAAGAAAGACCCAAGCUGCAAAGUGUGCAACAUCAGUGUGGGACGCUAAGGGAGAUGCUGAUGUAGGACAGACCCGGGGGUGUGUGAGCCUACAAUACUGAAAGACAGUGUUGCACAAGACAAAACAGUUGAGCCCAUCAUGUGUAGGUCAGAACACAGUGGAAACAGCCCACCUCUCGGGUGUGUGCAUGCUGCUGUCCCUCUUCCCUCCUGCCUGGACUAGAAUAGUGCGUUUUAAAUAGAAGACUUUACAAUAUGUAUCGCAGAACUUUAUCAUGAUCACAGCUGGAUAUAAUACAGUAAGCAUCCAUCCAUGACUGUUGCACAAAACAUAUUUGAAGACAUGAUAGGCUUUAGAAGAGUGGAGAAAAUCUGUGAUCCUUAUUUGCUGGGAGUCAUUCACGCUCUGUGGCAUUUUCUUCUUUUUCAAAACUUUUAAAUUUACAUUUUUUCCUGAAGAUGUGUUUGAUUUAAUUAGUUUGAUGUGCUUUUUGUUAAAGAAAUGUGUGUUUGAUACAACCUGGAAGUGCAAACGCCAGAAGCAUGCCCCUUUUAUAAGUCAGUGGCUUCAAACAUUAUAGAAGUCAUAACAAAUAUUUUGCUGUUUCUACUUCUUGCGAUGCUCUCUCUAAGUCACUGCCAGAUGUUCUUUGUCUUUAAAAAAAAGAGACUUCAUUUUUUUAGCAAUCCUGCCAAAUAAUUUAAUGCUUCUUAAAAAGAUAAUUGUAGAGUUAUGAUUAGGAAAUUCAUUGUAAUGCUUAAUGACUUUCACGGCAGAAAAAUAUGGUGCAAUGGGAUAAUGAAAGCAGGGCUGUUAAGUGUGUUGGGGUUUUAGGUAAUGGGGAAGAUGGUAUCACAAAGUUCCCUGCAAUCAGUCUCUGACAGCAACCAUUGGCUCUAUAAACAGGGCUGAGCUAAGAUUAGCUUCCCUCUGGCUAUGGGGCUUCUGUUUGUCCCCGUCCAAUAAUCUCUGACCUAUAUGGGAAUCCCAGAAAUGCCCAAAGUGAAAGGGAUCCCCUCCCCUGUGCACAACAGUAAUGCAUGCACUGGUGAGUGGCCAAAAUGUAGGACAUGGCAAGAGAGUGAGCACUGAAGAAAAGGUCACCCAUUUGAUGCUGAAUUUCUUGAAUGCAACAAAACUGACCUGUUUUAAAGACUUUUUUAUACAAAGCAGCUACUAAGAUGUCAAAACAUUUAUGAAAAUAAAAUGUAAUAAAAAAUAUCCACCUCA